ACGGCGCGCCUACUCAACCUGUGACCGUCGUGCGCAUGUGCGUCGCCGUCGUCGUUUUGGAGACCGUCGCUAGCGGCGGGAGGAUGGAGUUGCCGUCCGGGCACAGAGCUCUGUACAAAGGCGGCGCCGCUGCCCCGUGGAAGGAGACUUACAGGAAGAGAUGUGUCGCGAGACUGAAGAACAGCCGAGCAAGGCUGUUAGAUAGGUAUAGGCAUGUGGGAGAUGAUCCAGGCUGUAACCUCAGAGAGCCCUUUCUUGUGCAAGAAGUGAUGGAAGAAGAAUGGAUGGCGUUGAAAGCAUUGGAUACACAUUUACCAUCAUUGUGGAAGAAGGGGAGUUUGGCAGAGGUGCUGAAUACACUGGAAAAUAUAAGUGAAUUAGCAGAGCUUGAGGAAAUUGAACAGGAACUCAUCAGUGAAGAACAAGCCAUCAUAGAGGAGUAUGAGGCCAGUUUGCAAUUUGAUGAUGCAUGCUUGAAUGCCAUUAUUGAAGGAUUUGACGAUCCUAAUAGACUUGUAUGCCCUGUUUGUAACAGGAACUAUCUGAGUGUUAGCAGUGACUUUAUAACUUGCUCGUGUGGAAUGUGCAUUAAUACACAGGGGAUGACAGUACAGCAAUUUCGAGCCUUUCUUGAACACAAUGUCACUGAACAUAGCAAUCUAUGUGUAUGUUGUCCAAUCUUCUCUGUAGUAAAUGGUGCAGAAGCAGACGCCAUGCUUUUAAUGAGCUGUCAGGCCUGUGAUUACCUGUCCGUGAUCCUCUAGGUAUCUAUAAUUCGUCUGAGAUCCUAUCACAAAAAUAAUGAACGCCUCUUCUGGGAAAUUGAAAUCUAUUCAUUGAGAAGACUGUGCUUUGCCACACUGCACUUUAGUAUUUGUUUUGCAUUCUACAUUUAAUUUAAUAAAUAUUUCUUUUUAUUAUA